CUACUAUCUAUGUGUCCCCAAAUCCAUGAGUAGUGUUUACUUUUAGGGGUAUUUUAUCAAUAAGGUAGUUCCAUGGGUGGCCAGCUUCCCAAAAGUUUAAGAUGUCUGGACGUAGCAAUGUGCAAAAAGUCAGAGCUGCUCCAAAAUCCAAAUCUGUCAAAGCAGGGCUGACUUUUCCAGUGGGCCGUGUUCACAGAUUGUUGAAACAUGGGAAGUAUGCUAGGAAGAUCGGCUGCGGUGCAUCUGUAUAUUUGGCAGCAGUACUGGAAUACAUGACUGCAGAAGUGAUGGAGCUGGCAGGGAGUGUUGCUCAUAACUGCAAGCGAAACAGGAUUACACCAAGGCAUAUCCAGUUGGCAGUGAGAAAUGAUGAUGAAUUCCAUAAACUUCUUGAAGAUGUAACAAUUGCUGAAGGGGGAGUUCUACCCAACAUCCAUGCUCAGCUUCUGGGCAAAAGAACAAAUGCCAGCAAAGGUGAACUUUCUCAGUCUCAAGAAAUGUAAACUGGGAACUUAUGUUAUUUGGCUUUGAAUGCACUUUACCUUUUUGUUAAGAUAUUUGAAACUUUGUUUGCAUAUGUAGAAUGAGUGCCGAGGUAUGAAAUGGUAGGUUUCAUGCAAGCACAAAACUGUGGAAUGAGACAGCUGAUACCAAUAUGUUGUAAAUAUAGCAUGUUUUGAGUGAUGUAAUGAAGAGGACACUUCUAACAUGCAUCAAUACAAGAAUAAACGAGGAAGAAAAAUCUG